CACAAUUGUCAGAAAUCAGAUUUAAAAACAUGCUGCCGCAAUAUACCUAGAUCGAUGUAAAUAUAUUGGUUAUUUAUUUAUUAAUUGUUGAGAAGUUUUAUGUAAAAUUAUAAUGGCUGAUCAAGAUACUGCUACCAAGAAACCCAUGACUGAGGAGGAGAGAGUGGCAUUAUGUCAGAAAUUAGACCGGGAGUUGGACGAAUUUAUUGAUAGUUUAGAAAAGAAAAGAUACACAGAAGGAUGGCCAGAGGAUCGCUGGGAGGAGGAGAUGGACAAACAUCCCUUCUUUAUGAAAACAGCGCCAAGUGGUGAUGAAUUGUCACCAUUAGCUGAAGGUCUGGCUAAGCUUAAAUAUGAUCCUGAUGAAAAUACACCUUUGGAGCUGGCCACUAAUUAUAAGGAAGAUGGCAAUUUUAAUUUUAAACACAAAAACUACAGGCUGGCGAUAUUAGGAUACACAGAAGGUAUAAAAGUCAAAAGUGAUGAUGCAGAAAUAAAUGCAAGUCUGUAUAACAAUAGAGCUGCUUCACAUUGGCAUUUAAAAAACUACAGAUCUGCUUUAUUUGAUAGUGAAAAAGCCCUAACAUACAACAGUAAUCAUGACAAAGCGAGAUUGAGGGCUGCUAAAUCCGCCAUGGAAAUAGCCAUGUAUGAUAAAUGUAUUGAGCAUUGUGAGAAAUUAUUAGAAAAAACAUCAGAUAAAGACGUCUUAAACCUUUUGAAUACGGCUAAAAAGAGGAAAAUGCUAAAGGAACGUGAUGAAAGGAAAAAGGAGAGGACAAUCAAGAAGAACAAAGAACAAAAAGACGCUAUAGUCAAAGCGAUUAUCGAACGAGGUAUUAAAUUAUCAAAUUGUGAAGACGAAGAUGAUAUUGAUCUGUCUAAAUUGGAGCCUACUUUACCUGGAGCUCAUGAUGCUAUCGUUCAUAUAGAAGAUGGUAUUCUAAAAUGGCCAGUAUUGUUAUUAUACCCUGAAUAUCAGAUGACUGAUUUCAUCAAAGGGUGUCCGGAAAAUGUGCCGUUGGCAAACCAGCUCGAACAGCUAUUCCCAGCUCCAUGGGAUGAAGAUAAUAAAUAUAAACUUAGCAAAAUUAAUGUUUACUACGAGGGCUAUGAUAAGAUGCCUCAUGUAGUUGAUGCAGCAAAGAACCUUGGAGAUCUGUUAGUAUUGAAAUAUUACCAGUUAAAAGCUGGAACGCCGGCAUUUUUCGUUUUACCUCGGGGAAGUGUCGUUGAGAGAAGAUUUUUAGAAAGUUAUAUUUAAUGAUAACCUACGACUUAUAAAUUUGUUACAAAGAAACACAAUGAUGUUACAAAGAUAUUCAAGACCAUAAAUCAGGUUUUCCAUUAUCAAUUACUGUGAAGUUUUAUAUGAUUUAAGAAAGAAAUCAU